AUGACCUUGGAAGGUGAGAACGAAAAGGCCAAAAACACGUCUAUCCAAGAAUACCCUUCUGUAGAGGAAAGCAACGCGACUCUUGGAAAUGAUGCCCCAAGAACUCCGGGGAUAGACUAUCCCAGUGGCCUCCGCCUCAUCUCUCUGAUUGUCGGGCUUGGUCUCGCUGUACUCUUAGUUGCGCUCGACAACACAAUCAUUGCGACUGCUAUACCUCGGAUUUCCGAUGACUUCAAGUCUCUUGACGACAUAGGAUGGUACGGCUCAUCCUACCUCCUAACAACAUGCGCUUUCCAACUCCUGUUCGGGAAAUUAUACACCUUGUUCAACAUAAAAUGGGUUUUCAUUGCGGCAAUGGUUCUUUUUGAGGUCGGCUCGGCCAUUUGCGGAGCUGCGCCGACGUCUGAGGCGCUCAUCGUCGGACGUGCCAUCGCAGGAUUGGGAUCUGCUGGUAUAUUCCAAGGUGCCAUUAUCAUUAUCGCUUAUUCUGUUCCCCUCGACAAAAGACCCUUGUACAACGGCAUGUUUGGAUCUGUUUAUGGCGUUGCAUCUGUUAUUGGACCACUGCUGGGAGGAGCAUUCGUUGACCAUGUUACUUGGCGAUGGUGCUUCUACAUCAACCUACCCGUAGGUGCCGUCGCCAUGCUUGCCGCAAUAAUGACCGUUCGUAUCCCGAAGCAAAAGGACCCUUCUCAAAGGUCCUCAUGGAUAUCCUAUGUGAGCGAUCUGGAUCCCAUUGGCACAGUUUGUUUCCUUCCUGGUGUAGUAUGCCUAUUACUUGCUCUCCAGUGGGGGGGAACAAAGUAUCCUUGGAGUUCCGGCAAGGUCAUAGGUCCUCUUGUCCUCAGCACUGUACUCCUCGCAGCCUUUGUUGCUGUCCAGGUAUGGAAAGGAGACAAGGCAACAGUACCGCCUCGGAUCAUGCGCCAGAGGACAGUUGUAUCUGCGAGUGUCUUUACUCUCCUCCUCAGUGCUGCAUAUUUCGCCAUCGUCUUUUACAUACCCAUAUGGUUCCAAGCUAUCAAAGGCGUUUCUGCUAUCAAGUCAGGAAUUAUGUGUCUGCCCAUGAUUCUGUCAGUAGUCAUUUUUUCGCUUGUGGCAGGUGGAGGAGUUACCGCCAUCGGGCAUUAUGUACCCUUUGCUUAUGCCAGCAGUAUCUUGACCGCCAUUGGAGCGGGCCUAAUCACAACCUUUGAGACGGACACUGGCCAUCCUAAAUGGAUCGGAUAUCAAUUCUUGUUCGGGGCAGGAGUUGGUUGUGGUAUCCAGCUGGGUAUCAUCGCCUCCCAGGUUGUUCUGCAAGAAGCUGAUAUUCCUACUGGAACUGCCAUUAUCACGCUCUGCCAAAUGUUGGGAGGUGCGAUAUCUAUAUCAGCUGCUCAAAGUAUCUUUGGUAAUCUCCUUGGGCAUGGAAUUUCACAAACGGUAGGAGAGGAUUUAAAUAUCGUCACACAAGUUGGAGCUACGGAUCUGAAGGACGUUGUUGAUCCUCGGUUUUAUGCCAGAGUUUUGGAGGCUUACAACAGUGCACUGACGGAAACGUGGUAUCUCUCGGUGGCCCUGGCUGCACUGUCCAUUGUUGGAGUUAUUGGUAUGGAAUGGAAGAGUGUUAAGAGGCUAGCCGCAGCUAAGUAG